AUGGAGAUCCUCAAGAGCAAGACCAUGCUUCGUUCCACUCUCUGGUUCCUGCUUUGGCUUCUGAGCUCCCAAACCAUGGUGUCAAGCAGGUGCUUCGGGCUCGAGAGGAUGGCGCUCCUUGCCUUCAAGGCCAGCCUCAACAACACCCAAAUUCGCCUAGCCUCAUGGCAAGGCCUAGACUGCUGCACAUGGAAUGGAGUCGGCUGCGACCAUGCCGGCCAUGUUGUGAAGCUCAACCUUCGGAACCCCUACAACUCCAUCAAUCAAAGCCAGUGGGCUUUGGGUGGUGAGAUCAAUUCAUCCUUGCUUGCUUUAAGCCAUUUGAAACACUUGGAUCUCAGCAUGAAUGAUUUUGGUGGAAUCCUCAUCCCGGAAUUCAUUGGUUCUUUCAAAAGGCUGAAGUACCUUAACCUCUCUGGAGCUGAUUUCAGUGGACUUAUACCCCCUCACCUCGGCAAUCUCUCCAGCAUCCGCUAUCUUGAUCUCAGUGCUGAGUCCACCUACAAGACCAGUGCUUAUAACCUUCAGUGGCUCACCCAUCUCUCUUCCCUGAAGCACCUCGACCUGAGUUUUGUGAACCUUUCUACUGCAGCAGAUUGGCUGCAAGCAGUGAAUAUGCUGCCUUCUCUGUCAGUGCUGCGUUUGGAAUCCUGUGGUCUUUCAGCCAUCCCCACUCAUCUUCCCGUUGUCAACUUUACAGCUCUUACAACACUCGAUCUUCUCGAUAACAACUUCAACUCUACCUUACCCAAUUGGUUGUGGAAUCUCAGCAGCCUUACCUAUCUUGAUCUUUCAAACAAUGGAUUCCAUGGUCCAAUUCCUGAAUCACUUGGAACCUUGACUAAUCUUCAAGUUCUAGAGUUAGGAUACAACAACUUUGAGGGUACGGUGCCGAGAUCAAUCAAAAACCUCUGUAGCUUGAAUACUCUACAGUUGUCAAGGAAUGGUCUUCAUGGAGAAAUUGCGGAAACAGUGCCAAGAUGCAUGUGGAGCAAUCUGAUAUCCCUGGACCUGUGGGGUAAUAAGCUAAGAGGGAAUUUGACCGGCUGGCUUGAGAACCUGACAAAUCUCAAAUUUCUUGAUCUCAGCAAGAACUCAUUUGAUGGCCCCAUACCUUCUGGGAUUGGGAAGCUCUCUAGCCUGACUUACCUGGAUCUAAGUUAUAACUCCUUUGAAGGUAUUGUAUCUGAAGCUCACUUUGCCAACCUUACUAGAUUAUACUUGCUAAUAUUUUCCUUGAACUCCUUGAUCUUGGAGGUAGACCGAAGCUGGGUCCCUCCUUUUCAACUCCAGAUAAUUGGAUUUCGUUCUUGUCGGCUGGGGCCCAAAUUUCCGGCAUGGCUUCGAUCUCAGAUGAGUAUCAUGACACUUGAUUUGUCCAACACAAGCAUCGCAGAUGCAGUGCCUGAUUGGUUUUGGAAUUCAUCUUCUUUGUCUGUUCUAGACCUAUCCAAUAAUCAGAUAACUGGAAACUUGCCAUUAACCUUGGAGUUUAUGACAGACUUAUAUGUUUUGGAGUUGAGCUCAAACCAAUUGGAGGGUCUGGUUCCAUCGCUACCAAGUGGCCUCCAAGUAUUGGAUCUGUCCAACAAUUCAUUUUCAGGGCCAUUGCCUCCAACCUUAGCUGCAAUUGGUGGAUUGAAAUCAGUUGAGUCUCUUGACCUUUCAAUGAAUGAGUUCUCUGGCACCAUUCCUCAGAGCAUCUCUACCUUGACUUCUUUAAGCCAUCUGAAUCUGUCCUACAAUAACCUGUCAGGGAGAAUUCCAACAGGGUAUCAACUCCAAACCCUGCUGGAUCCAUCCAUUUAUGUCGACAAUCUCGAUCUCUGUGGGCCUCCAAUUUCAGAGAGCUGCUCUAGCAAUGAAACAAAUCAUGGCAACUAUGAGGCAUAUGAAGAUGAUGGUGAAAUGUUAUGGUUUUAUCUUAGCAUGGUAUUGGGAUUUGUUGUGGGGUUUUGGGUUGUCUUUGGUGUCCUGCUGCUGAAGAGCACUUGGAGGAUUGCUUACUUCCGGAUGACCGACAACUGGUUUGAUAGAAUCUAUGUUAGGGUGGCUCUAACAAUGGCCAGGUUGAAGAAAAGGAAUAUGGAGGAAACCUGA